CUCCUCUCCUCUCCUCUCCUCUCCUCUCCUCUCCUCUCUCCUCUCUCCUUUCUUCUCUUUAUCAACUCACUGUCUCGAUCGGUUCGUCGAGUCAGAGAAACUGAGCCCGAUAGACAUUCGGCCCCAACUCGUGACACACUAUCCUCGGACGUGAAUUAUCCGCACUGCAUUCGGUCGCUAUUCGCCCAGCCACCCAGCCAGCCAACUGGCCGGCCAGUCUGUCUGACGUGGCUGGGUCGUCACCACUGCACCUUGGGCUGGACACCACGGUUGGCCCCCCUCUUUCGUCUACAUGUGCCCGACGGGUCGACAUUUCGCUACACCACGCCAUCCACAUGGUGCCAUGGUGUCGGUUUUACUGGCUCAUCGACUCAUGUCGCCCAGGCAGUCAAGCCCAAUCGGCGUAAACAGAGGGUACAUGGCUUCUUGACUGACUGUGUGAUCCCCACCUUGAUAUCACUUGCCGCCGUCCAGGCCUGCCGCCAACUAGAUUUGCAUGAAUCUACCCUCAACGCGUCGACGGCAUCACACGCACCCGCGGUUCCGAUUGUCCGGGUGUCCUGUCGCAAAGCUUCCCCACUCGCUUCUCCACUUUGCUCCACUCCGUUUCACGCCGUCUCCGCCUCGCCUCGCCUCGCCUCUUCACACCUCGUGUCAGGCUGCGCCACUGUCCCCUCCUCGGUAUGCUCAUCGCAUGGCAACUGGAGACGAGCAAAUCUGAUCGCCUGGCGACUACUGGCCACAACGAUCCCAUCAGAUGCAGGAGCAGCCUGUUGA